GCAUUAAGGGUGGAGCGCCCGAUCAGAAGAAAUUUCUCAUCUGUUGCAUCCAUGCACUGACCCCGUUGCAAUAAGCGAGAGCAACACAUUCUUCCCCCAUCAUUUUGACAGGGCAUUCAUUGCCACAAAACCAUCAUCAACAUCAUUUUGUGAAGUCAUUGCAAACAUGACUUCGAACGCUGGACCGUUUUAUAUUGGGGUUGAUGUUGGAACUGGAAGUGCUCGUGCUGCAUUGGUAAAUUUAGAAGGCACAAUCCUUUCAGAAUCAACGUAUGCAACAAAGACGCAUAGAUUAGAAAGUGAUGCGCGAAUUUUUGAACAAUCAACUACAAAUAUUUGGUCACAAAUUUGUACUGCAGUAAAAGAUGUUUUGAAAAGUAGUGGAGUAUCCAAAGAUGACGUUAAAGGUCUUGGAUUCGACGCUACUUGUUCUUUGGCCGUUACGGAUGCUCAAGGUCAACCAAUUCAAGUCACACCAAAAAGUACAUUCACACCAGGUGAUCGAAAUGUGAUCUUAUGGGCAGAUCAUAGAGCAGAAGAAGAAGCAAAGCUCAUCAACUCAACCGGAAAUAUGGUCUUGAACUAUGUUGGGAAGACCAUGUCGCUAGAGAUGGAAAUUCCAAAAGUUCUUUGGUUGAAGAAACAUAUGCCUGCUGAUGUUUUCCAAAAAUGCAUGUUUUUCGAUUUACCAGAUUAUUUGACAUACAGAGCAACAGGUGAUACUGCACGUUCGAAUUGCAGUCUCGUAUGCAAGUGUAGCUAUGUGCCACCUGGCGUGGACGGUUCAGAACUUGGUUGGCAACCAGACUUUUUCAAAACGAUUGGCUUGGAUGAUUUGAUCAAAAAUGAUUUUGCUCAAUUGGGUGGUAUUCCUGGAAGGAACGGUAUGGUCCUCACAGCUGGUCAACCUGUCGGUCGUGGCUUGACAGAACAAGCAGCAGCUGAAUUAGGCCUGCAAGCCGGAACUGCAGUAGGAAGUGGAUUGAUUGAUGCUUAUGCUGGUUGGGUAGGAACAAUUGCAGCCAAAGCAAAGAAUGGUCCAAAGGAUCAAUCAACAAACUUGAUCGAUUCACAAUACCGUUUAGCAGCAAUUGCCGGAACAAGUACUUGCCAUUGCAUUCAAAGCCCAGAAGGUAUCCUUGUAGAUGGAGUUUGGGGACCAUACAAACAUGCAGUGUUCCCCGGAAUGUGGAUGAAUGAAGGUGGACAAAGUUCGACUGGACAAUUGAUCGACUUUAUCAUUGAUACACAUCCUGCUUCCGAGCGCUUGAAGGGACUAGCACAAGAAAAGGGAACAAGCAUAUUUGCCUUGUUGCACGGUAUCCUCGAUGAUCUGUCAAAGGAACGCAAUGCUCCUACUUUAUCACAUUUGACCCACGACUUGACCAUUUAUCCUGAUUUGCACGGAAACAGAUCACCGCUGGCGGACAGUUCGAUGAGAGGAUUGAUCUCGGGAUUGAAAUUAGACCAAGGCUCUUCAGACCUCGCACUCAAAUACUACGCAACAUUAGAAGCAAUCGCAUUACAGACGAGGCAUAUUAUCGAAUCUAUGAACGCAAAAGGACAUCAAAUCAAGAGACUAUACAUGAGCGGCGGACAAGUGAAAAAUGCAGUAUUCAUGCAAUUGAUGGCAGAUACGUGUGGAAUUGAUGUUCAAUUGCCAUAUAGUCAUUCAGCAAGUGUGGUGGCUGGAUCGGCAAUCUUGGGUCGUUUUGCACAUGAACUGCAAGAGAAAGGAAUCGACUUGAGCGGAGUACAACAAGACUUGGCUGAGAAGGCUUCCUUCGAACAUCGUGAUCGACUUUGGCAAUUGAUGGUGGAUAUGACCAAACCGGGCACUUUGGUCCAUCCUAACACGAAAGAUGAAACAAUCAAGCGAAUCUUGGAUGCAAAGUAUACUGUAUUCACGGAAGCGAUUGAAACACAAAGAAGAUGGCGCUCGAUUGUGAGUAAAGCCAUGUAAAUUAGCGAUAGACAAUUGUACAUGUGAUUGAUAUGCUUGAAACCAAUUAAAACGAACUGUAUUUUGUGAAUUAUUGAAAGUGUUCCG